AUGACUGACGCCACCAAGCCUACAACUGAACAACCCGCCGCUGCCCCUCCCGCUGAGGAAUCCAAGGUCACCACCACCACCACCACGGCUGAGGAAACUCCCAAGGAGGCCACCGCUCCUGCUACUGCUGCUGCCGCUGCUGCUGCUGCAGAUGACAAGCCUGCCGGAGAAGCCAGUCCUGAAGAAGCAUCUGCAUCUGCUGAUAAGCCUGCCGCCGUCGAAGAGGCCGCUGCUUCUGCUUCCAAAGAAGAAAAGCCUGUGCCUACUGUCUCUCGAUCCAGCACCUCGAAGCGCCUGUCGAUGGUCUGGAACAAGGCCAAGAAGCAAUUUUCGGAUAAGAAGGAUCACUCUUCCAAAGAAAAGGAUGAAGCAGUAGAGCAGCCAUCUUCGCCUGUUGCUGCUGCUGCUGUCACUGAAGAGCCUGCAAAGACCGAUGCUGAAGCUACACCUGCCACUGCAGCUACUACUAGUGCUACUGCUCCUGCUGCUGAAGCUGAACAACCCGCUGCUGCUGCUGAAGGUGAGGCAGCAAAGACAGAAGAGCAACCUGUCAAGCCUGAAGAAAAGAGACGAUCACGCUUCUUGAACAUCAAUGGCCUCUUUAACCGCAGCAAGAGUCCCGAGCGAAAGGAAGAACACGCUGCCGCCUCGUCGAGUGCUCCUGCCGCUGAGCCUGAAGCUGCCGCUGAAGAAGCACCCAAGAAGGAAGAAGCAGCACCUGCCAAGGAAGAGCCUGCCGCUGCUACUACUGCUACUGCUGCUGCUGCUGGCGAAUCUUCGGAAGCACCCAAAGAAGCUGCUCCGAAGGAACACAAGGACAAUGUCAUUGACCAACUCAAGCGUCACUCAACCAUUGUGAACAAGUUCUUCAGCCACAAGAAGGAUGAUAAGACGCCUAGCAGUGGUUCGGAAGAAGCUGCUGCUACCCCUACUCCGGCUGCUGCCAGCGAGACUACUCCUGCUGCUGCUGCCGAGACUGCUGCUGAAGCUACCACCGGAGAGGCUGCCCCUGCCGCUGCCACAGUGUCAUGUUCAGAAUCCAAGCCAGAGGAAGAAAAGAAGACAUCUACUGGCCCGACUGCAACCAACUUGAGCCGUCGUUUGACCAAGCUCCUUCGCUUGCCUACCAAGAAGGACAAGAAGGAAAAGGCUCCUGCUGCUGCCGCUGCUGCAAUUACCGAGCAAGAGAAGCCUGCUGAAGAAGCUGCUGCUCCUGCCGAGACUGCUGCGGAGGCACCCAAGGAAGAGACCAAGAAGGAAGAAGAGCCAGUAGCAUCAUCGCCUCCUGCUGCUGCACCCACAACCACAGCACCUGCCGUUCAAGCGACAGCCUAA